CGACAUCCAACCGCGUUCCCCUCCUCGACGUCGACCUUCAGCGGCACCCAUUACGACGUCUUCAAUUAUCUGUAUAUCCUUUUAGGAGCUCUUAUAUUCAGGCAUCGGAUUCUUACUUCACAAAAUAACUGUCGGUCCCGGCGACGCUAAGAAGCGAAGGCUAUUAUUGUCCCACUAGUUGUCGUCAAUCUCGCUCACUCUCACCGACCCGUAAUCUGUUCUAUUUUCUCUUGCUCUGGAUCACCGCCGCAUUCUAUGAUCCAGACCAUCAUCAAGACUGCUACUCACACUCGUUCAUUCCCAAUAUUACGCGACUGAGCUCAAGUUACCGCAACAGGGACCUUGGUCUUUCCAUAUUAGUCUCGUCUCGAAAUGGCAGCUGCAAGCGCCCCUUCCUUGCCUUCCUCUUCUAACCCUAAUUCAUACGUCGUCCGCGUUGACGCCUCGAGGUCCGAUGAGCCAACCACAUCACCCACAGACGACGCGACGGCUGUAUUCUACGGUAACCGAUCAGAGUCGCCAUUUCGACGGCCUCGGAACAUGUCGAACACGAGUCGUGGUACCGGUCCCUCUGGGGACGUAACCGAGCGUGCGGCGUCAAUACGUUCUGCCACGCGCACGAAUGCUGGCUCUUCAACGGACAAGUUACUCUCUCGUCAGCCUUCCCAACAAUAUGGUUAUCCACGUCCUGUCAUUCCUGGUACUGUCGGCCCAGUCCCAGCGACAUCGGUGCAUUCUCUUGCACAAAGCAUCCAGCCGCAAUCAUCAAGAUCCCAUGUCCCCCACAUUCAUCCCCAUCCUUCCUUCGUCAACGCACAGCGUACUUCUAACAUGUCGAGCACGAGUCGCAAAGUGAUCGACCCUACCUUCCUGUAUCGGCCGCCAUCUAUCACCGUGUCCCGAUCCGAUAGACCGAUACCCAUGAGCACUCUCGGACGCCAUCCUUCAGGACGAUCUGCUCAUUCGUCUCGGUCAGGAGCAAGCGGGUUGCAUUCCUCGAGGAGAAGGGAGAGAGCGUAUGAGAAUAAUCUCCCAGGUUACCAGUCCGAUGGCUACCUAUCGGAUGGCCCACGUUCAGGCUAUGGUUCGGACGGACCUCGAUCUGGUUAUGGCUCAGAUGGACCAAGAUCUGGGUAUGGUUCGGACGGGCCGCGGGGUUACGUCUCAGAUACGGGACGAAUCAAGCGGAUGCUGCCUAUUGGCCCGGAUCGAUCUAUGGCAGUUCAUCAUCCAAGCCUGAGUCGAAGGCACGAACCAGACCUACCCUUAGCUGGAGACAGGCGGAGCUGGGACAAUCGUUGGGCCGAGCACGUGGAGACAAUGGCAAUUGGGCGAGGCGCUGGAGAAAGGAGACGUAGUACACGGUUGACGGACACGGAGGAAGAGAAGAACAUCGGAUUUGGCAUGAUCGUUCCGGAAGACGUUACCCCACCGGAUGAACCCAGCUCUCCUCAAGAACCUGCCCGAUCUCAAUACGGCUCUGAACGUCGAUACGGCGGGUCUGUUCGAGACUCACCUAACGUGCGCACCAUCGAGUCUCUUCAGGACGAAGAGAUGACCACUCAAUCUGGCCAGACAUCCGCCAAACGCCCACACUUCGCCCCGCUCCCUCCGCCUGCUUCCAAAUCACAGAAGGUCACAUUUUCAUAUGGCGAUACGGGCGAUAAGACGCACAUACCACUGGCUCACAAAGCAACUGGUCCCCGGAAUUAUGAGGGUUACCCAUCGAGAAAUUCGUUCUAUUUCAGGGGACACAUUCUAACAGGCGGUGACAACCCUUGGCCAUUCAUUGCCAGCCUCAAUCUUUGCCUUGUCGUAGCAGGGAUCUGGCUAGCCGGAGUGGGCCGAAAUUGUGGAUCUGUGUGGGGCAAUCGUGGCUGGGCCAUCCUCGCUGUAGGAUGCUAUGGUAUCGCCCUCGUCCUGACGAGCAUGCUAGUGACAGCAUUUCGCGAUCCGGGCAUCGUGCCUCGGGACCUAGAUCCAGAUCCCCCGUACUCUACAUCUUCUGUAGUGGAUGGAGAAGAACCUAUACCCCUGCCCCGGGAUCUUCGAGCCCGUAGCGGAAUUGUACGGGUAAAAUAUUGUAGCACUUGUAAGACGUACCGCCCUCCGCGGGCGAGCCACUGCAAAGUGUGUGACAACUGUGUUGAUGGAAUUGACCAUCAUUGUACAUACCUGCACAACUGCGUUGGGAGACGCAACUACACUACAUUUAUGACCUUCUUAAUGUCCGCAGUUCUCACACUAUGCUAUGUCAUUGUCACCUCUGCUCUGGAGCUCUACAGCCUGUCAUUUACAUACGAUGGCUUCGCCAGCGCGCUGCGGGCUGAACCUUUAGCGGGAGUGAGCUUUGCUCUUGGCAUCAUUGUCAUAUGGCCCAUGAGUGCCUUACUAGCAUAUCACAUUCGGCUGCAAGUAUUGAAUAUCACCACAGUGGAGCAGGUCCGUGCCCAAGCGCAUCGAAGCAUGAUCCCCGGUCCUGCCCCACCCAACGCGUUCAAUCUUGGCCAUUGGUAUAUGAACGUCGGAACCGUCUUGUGUCGUCCUGGUGGAUUUAGCUGGAUCGAGCCAUGGGAGAGGAAGACGGAGGAUAUGCGGCAGGUUAACCCUGGAUGGCGACAGGACGAAUUUGAUGAGCGACAAUGGGGUAUGACGAGGUGAAUUUAGUGGAUAUUGCUGCUUCUACUUCCAUACAUUCUGGCGAUUUGGACUAGGCGUUUCAGCAAUAACUCAAAUGUCCGCGCCAUCAGGCAAGGUGCUUUGCUCAUCGAUAUCUGAUUGGCUACAUCGGCUUCCCCCGAUGAUCAGGGCCCCGUCUAAAAGAUGAAAGGCGUUUUGGCUCAUAUUGUAUCCCCAAAAGAGGAAAACCCGGACCAUGUGGAGGCUGUUACCCCUGGAUUCCUGAUG